AUGCUCCCCUGGAGAACCAUCGCACCCCGAGCCGCGAGCCCCCAUUUCUGGCUCAGAGACAACUGUCGAUGCAGCACAUGCGUGAACCAAGACACCACGCAACGAAACUUUGACACAUACGCUAUCAGCCAAGACAUCCGACCUUCCGAGAUCAAGUCGGAAGAAAAGGGUAUCAAGGUGACAUGGGAGCAAGACGGUCACGAGAGCUUCUACCCCUGGCACUUCAUCAAGCACUACCUGCAAAAUGACCACCGCAAUCCGGAGCAAGUCAACUACCACUUCUGGGGCUCUGACGUGGGCGAAAGGCGUCCCGUCGUCGAGUACGAUCACCUCAUGACCGACAAGGACGACUCGGGCGUCGCAAAGCUGACAAAUCUCAUUCGCGAGUACGGCUUCGCCUUCGUGGACGGAACCCCCUACGACACCCCGGAACCAACACAGCGCGUCCUCGAGAGAAUCGCCUUCAUCCGCGAGACGCACUACGGCGGCUUCUACGACUUCGUCCCGGACCUCGCCAUGGCCGACACGGCCUACACCAACAUCGCCCUCCCGGCGCACACGGACACGACCUACUUCACCGACCCGGCCGGCCUACAGGCCUUCCACAUGCUCUCCCACGAGGCUCCGCCGGGACAGCAGUUACCCAAAGACGGAAAGCUCGGAGGCGAAUCGCUCCUCGUGGACGCCUUUUACGCGGCGCAGAUCCUGCAAAAGGAAGACCCGGCCGCGUACGAGAUCCUCUCCAAGGUGCGCCUGCCCUGGCACGCGAGCGGCAACGAGGGCAUCACCAUCUCGCCCGACAAGCGGUACCCCGUGCUCGAGGUCGACCCGCAGACGCGGACGCUGCAGCGGGUGCGGUGGAACAACGACGACCGCGGCGUGGUUCCGUUCACCGACGACGUUUCGCCGACCGAGUGGUACGCGGCGGCGCGCAAGUGGGAUGCCAUUCUCCGGAGAUCCGACGUUGAGUUUUGGUGGCAACUGAAGCCCGGCCAGGUUUUGAUCUUUGACAAUUGGCGUGUGAUGCACGGUAGGAGUGCGUUUGAGGGCAGACGACGCAUCGCCGGCGCCUACAUUAAUCGCGACGACUUUGUCUCCCGCUGGAGAAACACAAACUUCCCCCAUGAACAGGUCCUGAACCAGGUUGUUGGCUAG